AUGGCGCCGUACCGACCGCCACAUAUGCGGAACCAACCUCCGCUACCGAAGCUGGUGUGUUCAAAUCGGAAUGAAGUCAUUCGCACUCAGCCGAGCCAGAGCGACACCAUCGCCACCUUGACAGCGAACCUGGCGGAGGAGUUCCACGUGCCGGAGGAGCUCAUCAGCCUCGCACUCGAAAAGAAUGGUGCGCCCAUGCAGGAUGCCAAAAAGGAGUUGACCGCCCUAGGUGAGUGCACCAUACACGUGACAGUGAAGCCCGCGAGUCACGAGCAGAUGGAGAACUACAUCCGCUCAAAGGGCUCCGAUCACUUCUUGGGGGCAGAGUUGAAGUUGAUGACGAACACAGGCGAGGAGCUCAAAGGAGAGCUUUACUGCAUACAAGAGCAAGAUGGCUCCUGCAUUUUGCGGGAGAAGCUCAGCAACGGAUGCGCCAAUUAUUGGUGGCUGAAGUGGAACAUUAUCACCAGCAUUAGUAUUGAGAGCAUGCCAGACAAGAAAAGAUCCGACUUCAGGCCUGCCGUCAGUGUUCCAGCCCUGGAGCGUCGAAGCUAA